CUUAAUGUUACAUUUCUGCAUUUAUACAUGAUAUUACAAAUUAUAUAUUGAAAUUCUGCUAAAAUAAAUAAACAGAGAAUCCAUGUUUGAGAGGAAGUAUGUUGUAUGCGAUAUAAGACAGCCACUUUCUGUAACCUGUUUGUAUAUUUUAUUAAAAAUCUCAUUGGUCACACGAGUAUAAACAUAUAAAAGAUCUUAUCUUUAGGCAGAAACAUUGCCAGAAAACAGUUUCAAUUUUUCUUAAGCUUUUCUCUCUUCAAACUUUGAAAACCUUAGGAUCUCUUAUGUACAUUCUACAAAAUUGUGUGCGUCUCUAAGAUCCCUUGAAAAUCUGAAGAUCGUGAUCGCGAGAGCCCUCGGGGCAAGAGCCCAAUAGUUACUCUACUGGAAGCUCGUGUAAAUGCAAUCUUCGAGCACUUGCACCCCCUCGUCGAGGCUCAGGUUCCCGCUAAACCCAAUAUUAUUGGAGGGUGGAGACGUUCGCGUUCCCUCGAGCCGGCUUUCAGUGAUAUUACGCCGACGAUAUCGACGUACCCCAUAGCGCCGGCGCCACCCACGAAAAGGGAGAGUCGAAGGGUGUACAGAAAGAGAAGAGAAACAGCUAUAUAUCCAUCGGGACGAGGGGAGAGGGAGAGUUUGUUCCAGCAUCUCUCACUCGACUUUUCCGCCUCAGUGCGAGGAUGGACCGGCGUUGCGACGCUCCGCGUCGUCGACUCUCGACGUAUAUCCACGAAUCGUCGACGAAUAAAAAGGAAUUUAAAAAAGGGAACAUGUAACGAUCUCGUGAUACGUUCGAUAAGAAAAUCACAAAAGUCUUCCAUUAGCGUGUAGUCCAUCGAUAUUAGUAUAUUCAAUUAAGUGUUAAGUCGUCGCGUUUAAGUGUAACUAUAAGGUACGUAAAUAUAAUUUGAAAAAGAAGAGAUUAAUACGUGCUCGAGUAAAUAAUAAUUUCAUAAUUAUUGAAAUUUCAUCCGCCAAGAAACGCAAGUAAUAAAGCUCGCAAGAUAGGGAGAAGACAAUCCCCACGUGUCUCUAAUUGAUUGAGAAAGGGAUCAAAAAGUUGACAAAGAAUCUAAAUUAUAUUCCAGAUAAUCCAUGUGUCUCCGAGUCGAUCAGUCGACGAUAAUUAAUUUAGAAAUACCAAAAUCUCGUCGUACGACGAUGGUGUGCCUGAUCCGAAGUCUUCCUUAGUCUAAGCUGAAAUACAACCACGAUAUACUCUUAUAUUCUUACACUAAAAUAUACAAUCUAUAAUACUGUACAAAGCACAAAAGAGAAGAUCUACGAAGAACAGUCCGGAGGUUGAUGGAGCAAUUCCAACUAGAAAUGAAGUAAGAAGGGAUGAUUUAGGGAGAAGCUCGUUUCAGCGUUGAUUACUCUGGGGGGAAGCAAUCGAUCAAGCGACACGACGAAAAAAAAAAAAAAAAUUAUUCAACGACUACCAGAGAAAGAGAAGAAAAAAAAAAAAAUCCAACGGGACAUAGGAAAGCUGACGUUUGUCGUCAUUGUCACCGGAUGAUUGUUCUUGCCAGGAGCUUUGAAUAGAAGAGCAACGGUGCUGCUGUAAUCGUGGGAGGAAGCCAUUACCUGUGCCUCCACCCUCCGAAACUAUCAAAGCCUCCCUCGAAAAGGGGAUUAAGCUGCAUCGGAAGUACUUGCAGAGCGUGGCCCGACCGGCAGAGCUCCUUAGCGUAAAUUAGCGGCCGAUCGUCCUUAAUGCUCAUCUAAUUACCGGUCGUUAAUUAUUCAGACCCUACGGGAUUGAUGGUCUAGGAAAUUGGAUGUUGAACGAAAUGAAACGAUUUAAUGACAACGACACCGGAAGCUAUCGUGGAUCUUCGUUGUAGACACGCUGUGUCUCGCUUGAUGAAUAACAAAUGUAAAAAACAAAGGUUUCAAGGGAUUAAACAACGUUGUGCCUCGUAGCAGAGAAGAGAAUUUACAGGGGAAACAAGUUCAAGAGGAUCCACGACGCGAUUAUUAGUUUAAGAGGAUCAGAGGAGCGAGAGGGAUUCAGUUGGCUGUUUAUACUCGAGGAAUGACCAUGUCCGUAACGGUGUCUCCGUCGAAGCCAGCACGUGGACGCGGUCCAGCCGACGGUCGCGCCUUCUUCGAGACCCUGUGGCGUGGAAAUUUCUUCUUGGAUCGACAGAAGGUCGCGAAGAGAUCCAGGAAGAGGAAGUUACAAGCUGCGAAUGGAAAGAAGCGUGCACAAUUGCAGAUGCGACAACAUUGUUGCUGUUGUCAACGUAUACAACUGCAUCUACUCGCCGGACGGCGAAGCAAUAUACGCUCCGUCGUCAGCGUUCGAGAGACACAUCAGAUUGCCGAGGCGCAACAAGAGAAAAAUGCCAAGCUACGAGAGGCAUUCGGCAUAUCGGAGUUCUUCGUGGAAGGAAGUAGCCUAGAUCCGGAAAGACACGCGCGCGAAGCGGAGGCAAGAGCGGCGGCUAGCAAAGUGUACGACCUGGUUCGAACACCAAGUCCAGUACCAAACACGACCUCCGCCUCCCCGGAGAAAAAGAAGAGAAAACGAUCCGGUAGCGCUAUCAAGAAGAAAAAGGGAAAGAAGCACAAGAAGGAAAGGUCGGAAUCGCCAAAGGCUAGCAAGAAAAAAGAAAAAUCUAAAAAGAAGAAAAAGGAAAAGAAACACAAGAAGACUGAGGCUAGUUCCUCUGAUAGUGAUUCUAGUGAAGCGUCAGAUGAUAGCAGUUCUUCUGAAACAGAAUCAAAGAAGAAAAAGAAAAAGAAGAAGAAGAAGUCUAAAGCUGAGGCAAAAGAAAAGCACGAGAAGAAGAAAGUAGCUGUCAAGAGGAAGCAUCAGUCAUCUGAGAGUUCGACGGACAGCUCGUCAGAAAGGCCAAGGAAGUCUAUGAAACAUGACAAAGCCGUGGAAAAGACAAAGAACGACGAAACAGUAAAUGUAACAAAAGAGUCUCGCUCGAAUCGUUCUCCAAAGAAGCAAGAAAAGGGUAGAAAUGAAACUCCGCCAAUCAAAAAGAAAGAUUCUCCCAUCAAGAAGAUUGUUCCAGAGAAGAGGGAUAAGUCACCAGUCGUUGUGCACAAGAGUCCUCCACCACGGCGUCAUAGAUCACCGUCGAGAAGUAGAAUCGACAGAGGAAGAUCUCCUAGAAGAUACUCAAGAUCGCGACGAGUUAGUCCUUCGCCUAGGAGAAGAAGGAUUUCAAGAUCUCCUAGAAGAUAUAACAGAUACUCUGUAUCCAGAAGCAGGAGUCGGUCAAGGUACGAUCGCUACGGGUCGCGACGCAGACCAUCACCUGUUCCCUGGCGUCGUAGGUCUGAUUCGCGAAGGAGAUCAAGAUCACCCAGAAGGCAAAGGGACAGACGAGAAAGAUCUAGAGAACGUCGUAGAAGUCGCAGCAGGACUAGAAGUAGAUCUAGACGAUCCACCUUGAGCUAUUCUCCGGUAAGGAAGAAUCCAGAACGGUAUAAACAGAUAUCGGAGGAGAAGAAGAAGCGUGACGAGAAGAAGAAUCGCGAUGGUAGUAAACGAAAGUCUCGCUCUAGCUCUAGAACGAGGAAAUUGAGAACAAUUACUCCCAGGGUCAGGCUACGAUCUUCCAGCGAAGAUGAAACCGACAUGGCGGACGACGAGCCGAAACCCGAAGACGAAGAGAAGAUAAAAGAGUUACAUACUUUGAAACGUUUACAGAGUGGAUUAGCCGCGAAGGCUCGAGAAUCCAUUGGUAAGAAGGCAAUAAAUCCUAUUAAAGUUAAGGAAGAGAAGAAAGAUGACAAUAUCCUUGAUAUAGCUUUACCAAAUGAACCACCGAAAAUGGUACAAAACGCAAUUGGUCCUGCUGAAGAAAAGUCUAAGUCAAAAUCACCUGUCUCGUCUCACCUACCUGCUAUUCAGUCUCCAGUGUCGAGCAGAUCGCCGUCACCCGCGUUACCGUUAACACGAGAAGAGGCAGCUAUAAAAAUACGGUCCCCUAGUGAAUCACCUCCUCCCAUGUCCCAGGUGUCGAAUAAAGUAGCCUCAAGGUCUCCAAGUGUGGCAGCCGAAGCGAAUCAUCAGGAAUCAUCACCGAGUACUCCUAAGAAAAAGUCUCCGCUUAUUUUAGCGUUAUGGUUGUACGGUUCGUGGAAAUGUUCGUCGCAAGGCAAAUCACCACCGCACUCGCCACCUCCGGCAAUAGCUGACAAAGACGCAACGAUAAAACUGCGUUCUCCGAGCGAAUCACCGCCUCCUCCUCUAUCGAACAACGUGAACAAGUCUAAGCAAGGAUCUGCAUCUCCAUCCACUUCAAAGAAGAAUUCACCUGUUUCCAAGAAACAUUCUUCAAGAGAUAAAUCCUACUCUAGAUCGCCUUCCAGAGUGCACACAAGGUCGACGUCUGCGGAGAAAAGGUCUCCCAGAUCGCCUAGACAUCGUUCGAGGUCAAUCUCCAGAGAGAAGAAAUCACGUUCCCCAUCGAGAAGCAAGAAGUCUGUAUCUCCUAGGCAUAAAUCUUCUGUCUCACCUUCGAGAUCCAAGAAAUCACCAAAAUCACCGACAAGAUCAAAGAGAUUAACCAGAUCGAGGUCUUCUUCGGAGUCGAAAAACUCCCGUUCGAGGUCGCCCUCGCGUUCGAAAAAGUCUCCUUCUCGUUCUCCAGAGAAGUCAAGGUCCAGAAGUAGGACCAGGUCGUUAUCGAAAAGGUCCAGGAGUCGUUCGUUGUCGAAAAAGUCGAGGAGUAGGUCGUUGUCGAAGAAAUCACGAAGUCGGUCGUUGUCGAAAAAAUCUAGAAGUCGGUCAUUAUCGAAGAAGUCGAGGAGCCGAUCACGGUCAUUGUCUAGGAUAUCACGGGAUAAAGAAAAGAGAAGUCGCUCUAGAAGCAGUUCACGUUCUUCUUUAAGUUCAAGGCAUAGUCGUAGAAGUUUCUCUAGCUCAUCGAGAUCAUCAAGCAGUGUUUCUAGCAGGUCUUCUCGUUCAACCUCCAGCAGUUCAGCCUCGAGUAGGUCACGUUCUCCGUCGAUACCACGACGUCAUGGUUCACCUAGUUUCUUAGAUAGACGUCGUAUUACAAGCGCCAGGAAGCGACCAAUUCCAUAUCACCGACCGACUCCGACACCACCCUCGUCACCGAGUAGUUCAGAAAGCAGCAGACAUAGUAAUUGGUCAAGUCCAAGUCAUCAAUCAAGUUGUUUCCCAAGUCGGAGUCCAUCGUACACGCGUUGAAGCGAUCAACUGGAUCCCUGAAAGACACUCGACGUUCCUUUUUAUGUAUCAGAUUUGGAAUGGUAUGGAUCAUGGAAGUCUCUUUCACGCUUUUUCUAACACUGUUGCAUAAUACAAAUCACGUUUAUUAACAAGAAAGUUUUACCUAUUUUCUGAUAUCAAAAAAUAUGAUUUCAAGAUACUAAGAGAAGAAACGCCAUUCUAAGUUUGAUGCAUGAUCUUUAAGUAUUUGUAAAUUCUUAAUAGGCAUUUACACAUUUGAUCUCAUGACUUAAUAAUACUCAUUGGUGGUGAUUCAUCAUAAUGCCAUCAGUCUCAGUAUUAGUUUAUUUCAUUAUUUUAAUUUCAGUUUUAAUUUAAUCAGGUGAUCAAAGCUAGUGAUUUCAAUGUAACUACAGUGCAAUGAUCCUGUUAAUUGUUAGGGCAAAUUUAUUAAUCUGAAAAUAGAAAAAGUCGAUUUCUAUUUAUUAUUUAUUAUUUAAUUUAAUGUAAUUGAAUGAGAUUUUAAUAAUAGGAAUAUAAUAUUUUGCGAUAUGAUCGUUUUUAAAAAAAAAAAGGAUAUAUGUGGAUUAUGUUGUGUCACAACUUUGAGAAUUUUAAGUCUCCAUAUAAAGACAUUUUUCGUAGACUUACUUACAUCUAAGUAUUUAAGCAAUAAGGAGGCAAUGAUGAUUAUAAAACAUCAUAAACUAUGUUGAUUGCAGCUUCUUAAGAUCUCACGUUAUUAUUCAAUAGCUAUUCCAUUAUUUAAAAGUUCAUUUAAUACUACACAAGUAGUGCUACAUUUGCAUGAUUGUUUAAUCAUGUGAUUGUUUGUUAUACAAACACCAGCUAGUCAAAUUCUAGACAUUCCAUUGAUAAUUAAACAUACUAGACUAUUUUAUUUAUAAUUGAUAUUUAUUAUUUUUAUAAUUGACAUUUUAGUGCAAUCUUCUACAUCUGUUCCUUUUGUACAUAGAUAUUAUUGUGCAUAAUGAAACCUAGCACUUUGCUCAUUUGCUUUUCAUUCUACAUACUCAAUAUUUAAAGAAUUGUAUAUUUAUUUAAAUGUUUAAUUAUUUAUUUAUUUAUUUAUUGUCACAACUUACUAGUCAUUUAUCAAGCAAAGAAAAAGUAUAAAAGUGAUAAACUUUUGAACUUUCUUUUACUUGCAAUACUCAAUUUAUCUGAACACUAGUCAAAAAUGUUUUUUUCUUGGCUAUAAGGCCAGGCAGCGUACCAAAAGACAUAAUUAGACUAGUCUUGAUUAUUCAAAGUUAAGUCUUGAAAAUGUAUGUAUAGGGUUUAAAGUCAUAUUUGAAAAGUCUACGUUGUUUAUAAUUAGAUAGACAAAACUACAUAGAAUUAGCUCUUGCAUAAUGACUGACUCAGUUUUAUUAAGAAGUUGUCAAGUGUUAUGGUGUUGCAAUACUGGUUCUUCAUUGAUGCAUAUCUAUUGAAUAAAAAUGUUCUCAUCUCAAUAUACCUGUUUUAUAAAAUUAGUAAAUUUAAAGAAUGUUAUUUUAACAUUUCACUAACAGUUUUUCUAUAGUACCAUAAUCUUUUAACGAAGCAUGAAAUGAAAUUCACGAGUAUGCAAAAGUGAAACUUGUUAAACUUUGUCCACCAUGGCUUUUGACAUUAAUAUUUAUUAUUCAUAAUUUACAGCCAUCGAAUGUUACCAUCGUUGAUAUGAAAAAAAUUCUGAUUAUAUCUGUAAUAUACUCUGUAUUGUUGUUGUGUGAUUAAAUUAAAAAGCUUAAAA